CUUUUACAGAGAGCGUUUGGUUGGCACCUCGCUAGGUCUGCGCUACCCGACCAUGAAUUAUCUGUGGCUUUUUGUUUUUGCAGUUGCCACAGCAUUUGAGUCUGACGAAAGUAAUGAUGAUAUACAAAUUAAUUGCGAGGACCACUCUGUUCACAUCAAGUGGAAAGUGGAGAAAAUGAUGACUGCAAAUCCUGCUCGUCUUUUCUUGGGUAGCUGCUUUCCUUCAGUGUUCUCUAACAUGACGCAAGAUGGAGCAUAUGCAGAAUUUCACUAUCCACUUAGUGCAUGUGGCUUUAGAAGGACCUCAACAUGGAAAUCCUUAGUGUAUGAGAACAAAAUAACUUACAGGCCACUGCCUAAACCUUACCCUCCAGCUUUCACCUAUCCAGUUAGAUGUGUUUAUGACAGUCCAAAAGGUUGGACUCCUGCCUUCCAGAGUCUUUCUACUGGUGAAAUACAAGGUUAUGGACAGCUGGCCUUUCAAAUGGCAAUCCUCAAUCAUGAUUUCAGCGGUCCGGCAGAAUCCACAGUCUUUCCUUUGGGAUCUUUUGUACCCAUAUGGGCUGCUGUUAACCAGCAAGGCCAUCAGCCACUGGUACUGUUUCUGGAGGAAUGUGUAGCAUCUGCAACACCUGAAAUGAACGCCGAUACUCUUAUACACCCGCUCAUCACCAAUAAAGGGUGUCUUGUAGAUGGGAAGAAGAGUUUCUCCAGGUUUUUACCGAGGUUUCAAUCCUCCUCGAUUGUGCUUCACCUUCAAGCUUUCAGAUUUGCUGUGGGACAAGAGGUCUACAUCCAUUGCAAGUUAAUUGCAUGGGAUCCUGAUGACCUCAAUGAAACAAAGAAGGCGUGUAAUUAUAAUAAAGCCACUGGAGAGUGGGAACUUUUAGAUGAUCCAUUUCAGAAUUCUCUUUGCCAGUGCUGUGAAUCAACAUGCGGUGGUCGUGAAAAGAGGGAUGCAGAUUUCGCACCUCAAGGACUGGUGUUAAAAUCUGUGUUAGGACCUUUGACUUUUACUGAAGGGUCCCUGUGAUUUCUGCCCCAACUGUCUGUCUGUCUCUUCUCUCAGAAAAAGGUUUAUGAUUUUAAGAAUUGUCAAAUUGUUCACUGGUCUAGUUGUACGUGUGUAUGUUAGUGGUGGUGGUUUUGUUUUUCUUCAUCUGUAGGCUGAGGUUCUGUCUGGUGAUGCUGUACAUAUUUGACAAGUGCUGGAUUCUUCGUCUGGAGUCAUGAGGAGCAGCCAUCAUCAGAUUUUUUUUCUUGACUGCUCCAUCUUUUAUACAUGGUCUAUUAAAAACUGUGACAUGUGACUGUUAUUGGACACUUUGUCUUUCUGACUUUGUAUCAAAAUGAUAAUUUUGUCUGUAAAUGUGUCAUAAAAUGUCUCAAUUUAAAAAUGGUAAAUCCUAAGAAAGGUCUGAUGUUGUAGCAUAUAGUGUGUAAUAGCAUAUGGUGAGGAAAAGGUUUGUGAAUUGUCUGAAAAGUUUGAGUUGUGCAAAAUAAAGAUAUAAAAACACA